CCUAGCCAAAAAUCCAUUCAUCACCAUCGAGCUAGCGGCUAGCCAUGUUUACAGCGACGUAACUGGCGAAAUGUGCUGCAGCUAAAUUAAUACGUCAAAUGUAAUGGCGCCCGUUCAUCUGUAACAGUGACGUGGAUCAAAAUCAGACCUUAAGAGAAUAUUUUUUAACUUUAGUGACAUCUUUGCUGCCUGGUCUUCUGGAGACAAACGUCUCAUGUUAUGGGAGAGACGCGGAGGUCAGAUGAGUGGGCUGUCAGCAAUGUCCGCCUAAAACAAGCCUGCCGCUGGUUUGACAGCCGUUUGUUGAUAUUGUAGCUCUGACAAAGUUAAAGCUGAAUCAUGCCAGGGAAGUUGAAAGCCAAGAUUGUGGCCGGGCGCCACUUGCCUGUAAUGGACAGAGCCAGUGACCUUACUGAUGCUUUUGUGGAGGUCAAGUUUGGAAACACAACUUUCAAAACAGAUGUCUGUCCCAAAUCCCUCAACCCACAGUGGAACUCAGAGUGGUUCAAGUUUGAGGUUGAUGAUGAGGACUUGCAGGAUGAGCCAUUGCAAAUCACUGUGUUGGACCAUGACACUUACAGUGCUAACGAUGCCAUAGGGAAAGUUUACAUUGACAUCGACCCUCUGCUGUGCAGUGAGGCUGCUUCUGUCAUCUCUGGCUGGUUUCCCAUAUAUGACACCAUCCAUGGUAUCCGAGGGGAGAUCAAUGUUCUUGUCAAAGUUGACCUCUUCAAUGACUUGAACCGCUUCAGACAGUCCUCCUGUGGGGUCAAGUUCUUCUGCACUACUUCCAUUCCACGUUGCUACCGGGUAGCGAUGGUCCAUGGGUUUGUGGAGGAGCUUGUUGUAAAUGAAGAUCCCGAGUACCAGUGGAUUGACCGUAUAAGAACCCCUCGGGCCUCCAACGAGGCCCGUCAGAGGCUCAUCUCACUUAUGUCUGGGGAGUUGCAGCGGAAGAUAGGCCUUAAGGUAUUGGAGAUGGGUGGGAAUGCUGUGGUGGGCUACUUGCAGUGUUUCGACCUGGAGGGGGAGUCGGGGUUGGUGGUCCGGGCCAUAGGUACCGCCUGCACACUGGACAAACUCAGCUCUGGAGCGGCCGCAAGCAUCAACACACACAUGCAUCCUAACACAGCCCCUGCUUCCAAUGCCUGCAAUUCCCCCUCUAAGGACGGAAAGGAGCCGGUGUUCACUGAGGACCUGCCCUCGUCCUCCGGCCCACCCACCCCUUUCCGAGCCCUCCCCACCACCUCCUCCUCUCCUCCCCCCUUCUCUCCCUCCAAGCCAUGCAGCCGCCAGUCCUCAUCAUCAGACACUGACCUCAGUCUGACGCCCAAGACGGUGAGGCCCCAGCCAGUGAGAAGCAGGCCUGGGAUGUACCUCUGCCCCAGCUCCCCCACACUCUCCACAGACUCUCUGCCCCUUCCUGGUUCUGGGUCAGUGGGCUGUGGUCACGGCUCUGCCCCCAGAGCUACCACCCCGCCCCCUCUCUCCUCCACACACUCAGGCUCUUCCACGCUGAGAAAGAGUGUGUCCUUCAGUGAGGACCUGCUGCUGGCAGCCUCCGGAAUGGGCAGUGGGGGCAGCGCCGGGAAGGAGGCGGGGCCUCUGAAGACUCUUCUGAGGCAGCAGACGCAGACUGCCCUAGAGCAGAGGGAGUUUCCUUUCUUCACCUUGACAAGUUUCCCGCCUGGUUUCCUUGUUCACGUCGGUGGAGUGGUCAGCGCUCGCUCUGUCAAACUGCUGGACCGCAUACACAACCCUGAUGAGCCGGAGACUCGGGAUGCGUGGUGGGAGGAGAUUCGCCAGGAGAUCAAAUCUCAUGCCAAAGCCCUUGGUUGCCAUGCUGUGGUGGGAUACAGCGAGAGCACCAGCAUCUGUGAGGAGGUGUGUAUUCUGUCAGCAUCAGGCACAGCAGCCAUCCUGAACCCCCGGUACAUGCGUGAUGGUUGUCUAGACAUCGGAAGCAGUGACCACAGGUUUGAGGAGCCGUCUCCCCCUAGCUGUGGCUUCUGUCACAUCCCCUAUGAUGAGCUCAACAUGCCGUUUCCUGCCCAGCUUACCUACUGCUACCACUGUAGACGGCAGAAGGUUCCCGAUGUGCUGUUCACAACCAUCGACCUGCCACCAGAAGCAGCUGUCACAGGGCAGGGCUGUCUUAUACAGGCCAGGCUUUGUCGUCUAAAGAAGAAGGCCCAGGGUGAGGUGAAUGCGACGGCCAUCUCCAACCUGCUGCCUUUCAUGGAAUACGAGCUGCACACUCAACUGAUGAACAAACUGAAGCUGCGGAGCAUGAAUGCUCUGUUUGGCCUACGAAUACAGAUCAGUGUCGGCGAGAACAUGCUGUUAGGCCUGGCUUCUGCCACAGGAGUGUAUCUGACAGCCCUGCCUGCACCAGGAGGGAUCCAGAUCGCGGGGAAGACUCCCGGUGACCUUAGCAACGAGCACCACAUCUUGGCCAUCCAGAAACGGAUCAACGACACCAUAGCCAAGAACAAAGAGCUCUAUCAAAUAAACCCGCCGAAAUUAUUUGCCCUGGACCCCGAGGUGUUCCACGGCAUAAACAUGGAGCUGACAGAGGAGGCAGUGGGUUCUCCGAUCCCUGAGCCCAGACAGCGCUCCAGACUUUUCCGCUCACACUCAGAGAGCUCAGACGAGCUGUCAGAACUGGAUCUGUCCCACGGCAAGAAAGACGCCUUCGUCCUCGAGAUUGAUGACACAGACGCUGUGGAGGACAUCCACUCCCUCCUUACUGAUGCCCCUACCCCUACUGGUUUCUACAGCUGUAACACAGAGAUCAUGCCUGGGAUUUACAACUGGACUUCAGGACUACAGAUGUUUACAUCAGUGAGGGUCUUUAGGUUGAGUAACGCCAAUCUUACUAAUCAAGGCCUGAACAAGAUCUUCACCGACCUGUGUGAGAACCUGCUAAAGAGUUUGUACUUCAAGCUGCGCUCCAUGAUUCCCUGCUGUCUUUGUCAUCUCAACUUCACCGUAGCAGUGCCAGAGGAAGAACUCAUACAGGUUGCAGUGACAGCGGUGGCCAUGACUUUUGAUAAGGACCAGAGUCAGGAGAAGCCAGGAGACAGGGCCAUGACCAAAGGAGGCAGUGAAAAUGAAGAGCAGCUGCAGUUUCCCCUGGAGCUGUGUGCAGAGUCGACGUCCGCCAACAAUCAGCCGUCAGCCAAAAUCCCAGGUACAGUCUCUCUACUCACCCCGGCUGCAAAAAUCUACCAAAAUCAUCUCAUUACGAUACCUCCAGCAGGUCUCCAGGAGAGUACCAAUGUCUCAUCCAGAGCUCCCUCCGUUGAUUACGGUUCCUUUGCAGACAGAUGCAGCACCUGGCUAGAGCUGCUUAGGCUGAAAGCUCACACCAUAAGACGAGGAUCAGUUAAGACAAUCUCAUCGUCAGAGCGCUGUAGUCCACUGCCCGAGGGUCGCUCCCGCUCGCUGCGCUCCACCCGCUCGUUCGGUGGCAGCUCUGUCACUGUGGUGAAGAUGACGCCGCUCUCUUUCCUUCCUGGAACACGCAUCGUUAAAUACCUUGGGAUCAUCAACAUGUUCUUCAUCAGAGAGACAACGUCGCUACGAGAGGAGGGCGGUGUGAGCGGUUUUCUCCAUUCAUUCAUAGCAGAGGUGUUUGCAAUGGUUCGAGCCCAUGUAGCAGCUCUGGGUGGCAAUGCAGUGGUUUCGUACAGCAUGAAAGAAUGUGUGUUCAUGGAGAAUCCCAACAAGAACCAGGCUCAGUGUCUCAUUAAUGUAAGCGGUGAUGCCGUCAUCUUCGUCAGGGAUACAGACCAGGAGGCCACCCCCGCUCAGAUGAACACCGGCCAAACCUGCAAUAGCGGAACAGAUGGGGCUACAUGAAACUGAAGCACGAACCAGCAGGCUGUCUGCAGGAACACUCUCUUUGAGUCUUGCUGUCCAAAUAUGAGUGAUUUAUGUCUGCCUUAAGACUCCUAAAGGUUCCAAAGGUUAGGGCACAACCUAAUUCAGAACAAGUGCACACAUGCACACAAUAAAACAUGCAGGCUAUAGUAGUUUAGGAGAGCAAGAUGUUUCUCUUUGUGUUUUUUCUUUUUUUUAAAGAGAGCAUUUCUGCAGGAGUUACUGACAUGGCUGUCUGGGAAUUUGGUCUUUUGAAAAUACUUCACAGCUUUUCGGUUGGAACCAUAACAGCCAAAUAUUCCCUCUCCAGCUAACCUUUGUCUGUGUAUUACAGCCGUCCAGAAGGGGGCACCCAAAGUUAUGUUGCCAUCCAUUUGUGUGUGGACUGUGUUGCAUUCCACUGGUGAUGCUUUAGGCAGCUAAGACCAAUCUCUGUCCAUCCACAGACCAUUAGAGUCACUAAAUAGCCAGGGGCACAUUGGUACAGCAUUAUGAAUAAUUUAAUCGAUUAGAUAUCCCUCAAUUUAAACGUCUGCUUUACAGCGACAUUGAAAGAUUAAAUGCCCAUAUGUACAUCUCAGCGUGGCCAGACAAUGACUACGAGUUGAGUAUUGAGGUAUAUUGUUUGUUUCACCUUGGCUUGUGCCAUGUUUUUUUUUUUUUUUUUUUUUUUUUUUUUAAAUGGAAAUCCACUCUAAAAUGGAAAUUUUUUAAGCUGUGAUCCAAAGAAUUUAGACAAAUGAGUGACCCCAUCUUGCCAUUAGUAUUUGACAGUGAAUUGGUGGCCAAGUCUUAAAAUAUUUGCUUUAAUACUCCCAGAUGAGAUUGAACUCUUGUUGACAAUAAUGGAUCUGAUUUAGAACAAGUACCUUGUGCUGAUGGACAAUCAUACUUGACUCUGUCAACCAGUAUCUGAUUACAACUGGAACUUCUCCAGAAAGUAUCGAGUAAUGACAUCAGAUCACAGUGUUGUUUCUACCUUUUUGAUUGACUUAAUUUACAUACAUGGAGCCUAUUAUAAACAGGCCCAGAUGAAAGGCAUUAUAUGCAAAUUUUAUUUUUCAGGUGGAAUUUUCCUUUAUGACAAACCAGGACAAACCAGCCAUUACAGUGUAGUCCAGUUACUGUACUUGAGAAAUGAUAACUUGUAGAAAUUUGAAUUUUAAAAUCGUCCUUUUCUUGAAAUGUUAACCCACAUGUGUCUGGCACGAGUGUCAGAUGUGUGUAAGUGGAACGGACAUGCAAUGUUAGCCACAUAAUGUUGCCUUUUUUGAGUGUAGUACCAGGGAUAUUUCAUAGGAUAAUGACAUUCAGAGGGUAUCAUAUUGAAUGAAUAAAAACAACUGUAGAUAUAGUAGCAACUAGAUGGUUGAUGCUCCAUCUGCUGCUUUAUAACCUGCACCUCUCCUAAAUGACAACUCCAAAACAGAAGGUUGAAAACACAAAGGGGAGCAUAGAGCAGUGUUGAACUUCACUUCCAUUUGCCAAGGUCCAGCAUCGUUUUUAUGGCACUAAUUUUCUCAAUCAUAGUCUUGCUGUGUACUACUGAUCUGUCCACCUUCAACAUCGAUGCCCAGUGCUGGAAAAAAAAAAAAGACAUCUAGUAGUAGGUGCCACAAGAAAUGUUAUUCAUGUAAAUGUUCUCUAAAAAUCAUAUUUUAGUAUUUUUGUAAUGAUCUGAAAUUAUAUUGGUGAACUUGCUGCUCAUUUUGCAUGUGCAAUGAAGUCCUGAUGUUUUGACUCAUAUUGUGUCAGAGGAGUAGCCUAGUGGUACCCUGAGUUUGUGAUCAGUUUCCUAUAUUUGUCUAUAAAACUUGAAUGUACUGUACAUACUUAGAUCCAGAUGCUUUCUGAAUAGCAGCAUGCAGACACUUAUUGCCAUGAUUCUUUAUGGUUGACUGUCAAGUCUUGCACAGUAAACUCAGUCAAACCAA